AAUAUGAAUUCACAUGUUCAACACAUAUCCAGCACAUUUAUUUAAAAAGAAGGAAGGAAGAUACAAUGUAGUGCAGCGUGAAACUGAAAAAAAACCCAAACUGGCUGUUCUCUGUUGUCUCCUGGCCAGAAGCUGCUAAGCACCUCCACAGUGAUCUUCUAAGAUUUGAUCAAACCACGUCAGGUGAGAACAGUGACACCAGCUCAUAUGACCUUAUUCAAUUUAGCUCCACUUACCGUAUGAGUAACAGUCACUGACCCAAGGAAACAGCAGUGCUGCUAGACUAAAAACAUUGCUGGAAAGUGCGUGUGUUCAUGUGUUUGUGUGAGUGUAUUUGAUAAAGCCUCCCAAUCACAAUAAAAUAGGUCAAAGCACAUCAAAAAGCCCCUUCCUCAUCCUCCUUCAUUAAUGGCAGUGGCUAUAGCCGUCUAGAGUAAACAUUGUAAUUGCCCUGGAUACACUCUGCUUCAAGGCAUUAGUGGGAUAAGUUAAUUUAGUUGGGAAAUGGUCAUCUACCACCCAGACUGACCUCAGUGUGGUCGCUAAGAUACUACAGAAGACGCCUCCAAAACACUGAGCUGCAUUUCAAAUGUGUCAUUCAUGCAACUCACAACAUUACAGGCAAACACAUUAUGUAAUAAAGAGAAUUGUUAAUAGUUUGUAGGAGGGUAUUUUUGUGAGAGCAGUCAUGAUUAUGUCAGUUGCCCUGGUUUCUUUAUGUAAAUGCUUCAAACUGAGUGUCUUUGAGACAGGGGAUUGACAUCUUUUAAACACAGUCCACCUAAUAAGAAAAUGAAAAGAACAGUAAGAAAUUUAAAUCUAAAUAGAUUUAAAUCUGAAUAACUGAGCACUUAAAUACUUUCACUCUCCCUACAUAUUGACAUAAUGUUAUGCAAGUAUCUCAUCAUGCAAUAACAAAGCACAACAAACAGUAGUUUCCUCCAGUAAAAGGUUCUGUAGGCCUGCUAUAAAUAAAGAGGUAGUGAAAAGAGGAUGUACAUAGAUAAAAAUGUGAUUGGUCUGAGAAUUGCUUUCGUUUCCACAUCUGUAUCCUCUCAGCACUGUUACUUACCGUAACAUGAGCAGAGGUUGUAUUGGAAAAACAAAUGAGAAGAACAGAAGCAGACCCUAUGGCUUUUAAGUUAUUUUGAACCUCUGCAACUGAGAUAUUUUUGUAGAUUUAAAAACUGCGCACAAAUAGCUUUAACUACUUAUUUAGACUGUCCACUUGGAGUGUAUUCAAAUUGAUGGACUGCAACAUAUCAACUAAUUAAAAACUCAAUACUCAAGUCAAUAACUUAUUAAGCUGCAGUGCUUCCGCUGAAAAAUCCAUCUGACCUCAGUACAGGCAAACAAUGAGGCCUGUGACUGCUGCUCUCUGGGCGGCAGCCAUGUUGGUGGGACUCCAGCUGAGUGCUUCAUCCCCUGACAACAUUGUAGACUGCUCAUCCAAAAACCUCUCCUCUGUCCCAAGAGACCUGCCGCGGACGGUUGAGUUUUUAGACCUUUCAUGCAACCACAUACAGCAACUUCAUCGAGGAGACUUCAAAAACACCACUCUCCUGAGGUUCCUCAACAUUUCAUGGAAUAAUUUGGAGGAGAUCGAUCCAGGGACGUUCCUCGACACGCCACUCCUGGAGGAUCUAGACCUGUCACACAACCGGCUGAAGAACCUGUCGGGUCAGCGGUACCUGCUCCACACAGAGAACCUUCUGGCACUAAAGUUGAACUGCAACAAGUUUCUCACAAUGACACUGGGGGGUGAGUUCAGGUCCCUGGUAAAACUAGAGCAAUUAGCACUUGGUGCAAAAAACAUCAGUAUGGGCGAUUUCAAGAACGUUGCUCAAGUGAAACUACGUACACUUACCCUUUUCCUGGAGGAUGAACUGUGUUAUGAAGCAGGUAGCCUGAAGGAUGUUCAUGCUCAAAGGCUUCAGAUAGCCUUCACUAGUAAUCAAAUAAUAGACCAUGAUCUGCUUGCUGAUGAUCUGUCACUCUUUGUUGAAGUGGAGUUGAUGAAUAUGACUGGAGGCUACAAAGACUUAAGCGAGCAGUUGAGAAAGAUUGCAGAAAUCCACACAUCUCAUCUUUAUCUCACCAAAAUAUCAAUCGACUGGCCAGACUUAACUCACUUUGUAAAUGUGGUUCUGUGUACAUCUAUUACCCAUCUGAGCGCCUCUGAUGUGGUCAUACACAAGUUGCCUAGAAAAGACACUGAUGUGGCCAAGACAUCUAAAAUGAAGUCCUUCACAGCCAGAAGGGCAGUGGUGACAUCUUUCUUCUUUUCACAGAAGUCUGUAUACAACUUUUUUAUCAACAUGCCAGUAGAGAGUGUAGCGAUCAUUGAGACUCCAAUCAUACACAUGACAUGCCCAAAGUCGCAGAGUCCUAUCCUCCAGCUGGACUUCUCAUUUUGUGCUCUCUCUGACUCCAUCUUCUCCAGAGUGGAGGGUCAGAAGACUGUUGAAUGUGAGAAUCUGGAUAACGUGAGGAAAUUGACUCUGGUAGGCAACAAUCUUAAGAGGCUCCAGUUGCUGAGCAAACGUAUACAAUACAUGAAGUCCCUGAAACAUCUGGACCUCAGCCUCAACUCCCUGGUUUAUGAUGGUGUGGAAGAUUGUGUCUGGCCACCAAACAUCAUUAAUAUGACUCUGUCUUCUAAUGGACUGACAGACUCAGUUUUUAAAUGUCUACCGAAAGGAAUGGAGACACUGGACCUCGAGAACAACCAGGUUUCUAUAGUACCAUCAUCUAUCUUGAAACUGGAAAACCUUUCAUCUCUGAAUCUAAAUGCCAACAGGCUGCGGGACCUGCCAGUAUGUAACAGUUUCCCCCAACUGAAUGAGCUUCUGCUCAAGUCAAAUUCCCUCCAUGCCCCGUCAGUGAACAAGCUGGAAAGCUGCCCCAAACUGAAAACCCUGGAUGUCAGUUACAACCCCUUCACCUGCACCUGCGCUCUGAGGAGUUUAAUAAGUCUUGGCAUCGAGUCUGAAAAGGAAAGUCUCACAGGAAUUAAACUGUUGAGCUGGCCAUUGGACUAUUACUGCACCUACCCUGAGGCCUUUAGAGACUCCACCUUGAAAGACAUCUGGAUCUCAGAGGUCUCCUGUAAUGUUGGCCUUCUAGCUGCCACCAUCUUGUGCCCAGCAGUGAUGGUGAUUAUCACAGUUGUGACCCUGUGCCAUUGUUUGGAUGUUCCCUGGUAUAUGGACAUGAUCUGGCAGUGGACCAGAGCCAAACAUCGUGCCAGAACGCGACAAGUUCGAACUGAAGAUCUGGUGGGUGUCGAGUUUCAUGCUUUUGUGUCUUACAGCCAGCAUGACGCAGACUGGGUGCACAAUUCCCUCCUCCCCAACCUUGAAGGCCCUGCAGGAGGGCUCCGAAUCUGCCAUCAUGAGAAAAACUUUGUGCCGGGAAAGACAAUAAUCGAGAACAUCAUCACAUGUGUGGAGAAAAGCCGACGCUCUGUGUUUGUGCUCUCUGCUCACUUCGUCAAGAGCGAGUGGUGCCAUUACGAGCUGUACUUCGCCAGCCACCAACGCCUUGCUCAGGGCUCGGACAGCGUUGUGCUGGUGCUGCUUGAGCCUCUGCCUCAAUACCUGAUCCCAUCCAAGUACUACCAGCUGAAGUCCAUGAUGGGCCGGCACACAUAUUUGGAGUGGCCUCAGGACAGGGCCAAGCACAGGCUGUUCUGGGCUAACCUCAGAGCUGCCCUACAGGCGGACCUGCCAAAUGCUCCAGUCGCAGAACUAGAGCAGUGAUUGCGGAAGGCAGACUUAAAGAGGAAGAGGAAGUGUGUACUGGACUGACGGGAAAGCUGUAGGAGUAAAAACAUGUGGGUGCUCUGGGGAUAAAAAGAAGUGUGUUUCUAGUAUUCUUUGACAUGAGCAUACUUUCUUAAGCUACAGUAUCUAAUUUUUUUUCUUGUACUAUGCGCUGAAAAUGAACUGAUUGCUCUUAUAAGGUUGUAAUAAAUCAUAUAACAGGUCAACUUCUCUUUAAAUCAUUUAGAGAACAUUCAAUGGAAACGUUUAUAUAAACUAACAAUUUGAUCAAAUGUGUAACAAAAACAAUAAACUUUACUCAAGAAUAUCAAAAAUGCA